UCCUCCUAUUAGGUAAUUACUUUUCUUGGAGGGUUAGCAUGAUACCUCCAAAGAGACAAAACAAGAGAAGAGAGUGAAGUUGGAAGAUUUAUAGCUUGUCAAGUCAAGCAUGGGUCGUGGAGUAAGCAGUGGAGGUGGUCAGAGUUCUUUGGGCUACCUAUUUGGUAGUGGUGAGGCUCCCAAAUCUACUGGAGAGACUGCUGCACCAGCUCAGAAAUCACCUUCACCACUACCAGUUGACAACAAGAAGCAAAUCCCUGCAGGUAUUCAAGGGAACCUUGCAAAUAACUACCACCGUGCAGAUGGGCAGAAUUGUGGAAAUUUCAUCACGGAUCGACCUUCAACGAAGGUGCAAGCUGCUCCUGGUGGUGGUUCUUCCCUAGGUUACCUUUUCGGUGGUGGCGGCAACUGACGAGGGUCUCUGCUUGUGGCAGAGAGAAUCUGUCGAAGAAAACUAUUGCUACUUGCAGCUGUUGGGAAGACACGGUUUGCACCUCUGCUGUUGGCAAGGACUCAUGAUUGUGUAAGCUAUAAAUCAGUGUUGGAAACAGAAUUCGUUGCUUUCUAUUCUGCCCUUAAAUUACUGGUCCUGGCACCAUGUUCCAUCUCCAAGUCUUGAUUAGAUGUUAAGGUAUGUUACAGAAAUCCCUUUAUGUUUAUGUUGAAAUUAUAUUUGCAUUCUUGCA